AAAGCAGGGCAGCAUGAUUGCCAGAAAAGGAGGACGGUGGAGAACUCAAAAAGAGGGAGAGAAAAAAGAUUGUGCCAACUAAUUCAUAUCGUUUAGCACUAUUCUAUUUUGUUUUCUUUGAUUACUAUCACAUUCACCUUUAUUAGCUAGCUAGCUUUAUUUCAAAUCGAUGCACCGCAAGUAAAACUCGUUUAGAGCCAAAGUGUCGUUGGAACUUGGAACCAAUACUAUUUCUAUACCUUGUUUUUCCUUUUUGUUUUAGACCCAUUACUCUUUUACGUAACAUCAUGUUGCUAAGCAAUUAGUGUCACAGGGGAUGUUACUCAACUGGCAUAGAAAGUGUAAAAAGAAGGAUUUAAAUGUAAUCCCAUCUUUAAGUAGAAAAGAACAGCCCGCUAUAAAUACUGAAGCAGAGUACAAGAUUACUAGUAGCAUCCAAAAGCAGAGAAAAUACUAAUAAAAGAAGCUAAGGAAAACUCUUCCAUUGAUGAUCCUAAAAGAAUUCCUCAAAUAGUGUGGAAGUGGUGCAAAAUGAAUAGGGUCUCCAGAAGCAUUUCAGAUUUGAGUGAUAAUUUGCGGUGCAGAAACAAUUGUUAUGCCUUAGAUCACAAUCAAAGGCCACACAGAGCAAGCCAACCUGCUUCUCAAGCAAUGAAGAAGCUUUGUGCAGAGCGUGGUGGUCAGCUUAGGCUCGGCCACUUCCGGCUCUUGCGCCUCCUAGGCCGAGGUGAUAUCGGAAAAGUGUUCCUGUGUGAGAUCAGCAAGUCCUUGAAGCCGCAGCCCAAUUGUUUGUAUGCCAUGAAAGUAGUGGACAGAAAGUCUCUGGCUCUGAAGAAGAAGCUGAAAAGAGCAGAGAUGGAGGAACAAGUACUGAGUGUUGUUGACCACCCUUUUCUGCCAACACUUCAUGCAAAAUUUGAUGCUCAUCAAUACACAUGUUUUGUCAUGGAUUACUGCCCAGGUGGCGACUUGUUCACGCUUCAGCAGAACCAGCCAGAUCUUCACUUUAAUGUCUCCACAGCAAGAUUCUUUGCGGCUGAGGUGCUUGUUGCUCUUGAAUAUCUGCAUAUGAUGGGGAUAGUGUAUAGAGACCUGAAGCCAGAAAAUGUGCUUAUUCAAGAAGAUGGACACAUCAUGCUCACUGAUUUUGAUCUCUCUCUUCACUUGGAAGUUCACCCCACUCUUCUUAAACAAGUUUCCAACAAUAGGAUCAUGAAGAAGAAUAAGCCAAUGCUGUGUUGCAGCAAUUCAUAUGAUUAUGAGCAUAUAGGUACUAGAAGCACUAGGAAGAAAGCAAGCAUUAUUGGUGAUGAUGGCCAUGCACAACAGAUUGAGAUUUCAGCUGAGCCUAACAACGGAAGAUCGCAUUCUUUUGUUGGAACUCAUGAGUAUUUGGCACCAGAGGUGAUCUUGGGGUUAGGCCAUGGAAGUGCUGUUGAUUGGUGGGCAUUUGGUGUGUUCCUCUAUGAGCUCUUAUAUGGAGAUACACCUUUCAAAGAUGCAACAAGCCAUGACAAAACAAUGAACAAUAUCCUCAGGAAACGGUUGAGUUUCCCAAGAUCAGGAACAAUAACACAUUCUGGGGAGGAUAUUGCCAAGGCAGAGGAUCUUAUUGGGAAGCUUCUGAUCAAGAAUCCAAAGAAGAGAAUGGGAUACAACAGUGGAUCUUGUGAGAUUAAGAAACAUGACUUCUUUCAGGGGAUUAACUGGGCCUUAAUCAGAUCAGUUAAACCACCUCUUGUUUUCAAGAACAAGUCUGCAGGUCAACCACCUCAUCAAAUACCUUUCUUCUGAUCUAUUCUAGAAAUCUUAUAUCUAUUAUCUUUGU